UGGAGAUCCUUGUUUGCUCUUGAUUUGUACUAUUUCAAAUGCACAUCACAAAAUGUGCUCCUUGAUUUUCUGAUAUAAUCUUUCAUUUCUUCAUUGAAGCCAUUCCCUGGCAGUGGCGCUUAAACUUGGUGGAUCCGGAAAACAACUCUAGUUUCUGAAUUGAUCACAAAGAAAAGAAAAUGGAGAGAAUCUGCGAAUAUUGUUGUGAAUCAAAACCAGUUGUAUAUUGUCAGGCAGAUUCAGCUCGUCUUUGUCUUUGUUGUGAUUCAAAAGUUCAUUCAGCAAAUUCUCUUUCGAGUGCACAUUACCGGGCACUUUUAUGUGAAGCUUGUGGAAAAGCACCAGCAUCUGUUAAUUGCUUAGAUCACCCGCUUUUUAUGUGUGCAAAUUGUGACAUUAACUUGCAUACUGAUGAAGAGAAAACAAUACAACAUCAAAAACGUGUGAUGACUAAUUACUAUGGUUGUCCUUCUGCUAAGGAUUUUGCUGAACUAUGGGGAUAUGAUUUCAAUCAACUUCAUAACAAUGACAAUUUUGAUAUUUGUUCUUCUCAAGGAUUGGCUUUGAGUGGUAGUAAUACUUCCACUGCGUAUAGCUCGAUACCGCCACCGGUGUGUGGCGCCAAGUUUAACUCGGGUUCGCCUAAUUUGAACUGCAAGGUGUUCAAUAACAACCGAUUGCUCCAAGACACUCGCUUUGUUCUGCAACAGAUUCUGAACCUAGAUAAGCUUCAGUAUGCUGAAAGGAACAAUGUGAGGACUGCUUUAUACACUGGUGGAAAUAACAGUCAGGGGCAUCCUUGUGAUGUUCUUGUUCAUAAUCGGCCCUAUCUUCAAGGUCUAGGUAACGAUCUCCAGCAAGAUUCUGGAAGUAUGAACCAUCAUGAAAUACACGGGCCUUCUUUUACCUUCCCUUUCUCUCAACUGGAGCACCUAACUACUACUUCUAGUGUUGGAAUAGCUUUCCAAGGGGAUCCUUCUAGCCAGCUGUGGUCGCAAAAUAUGCAAGACCUUGGAAUAUGUGAAGAAAUUGACUGCCGUGAAUUCCAUGAUGACCUUGGCAUACCUGAUGUUGAUCUGACAUUCCAAAACUAUGAAGACCUUUUUGGUGAGGAUCAUCAAACUAGAGACAAUUUGGCUGUGGAGAUUUCUCCAACACAGCCAAGAUAAAUGUAUUUGCUGUUGACACAUUAGAUAUUGGCUUUCCAUGAGCGCGCGGGCAAGGAAAUGGCAGCAGCAUCGUCUUUGAUAACAGCACUUGCCAGAUAUUGAGAGCUUCUAACAAAUUUGAUCUUCACUGUAUCACAAGUUUGUUCAACUAUGGUAUCCCCGUAAUCUUUCAUUUGGUAAAUAAAGAAAAUAUUAUUACUAAAAUUUAGAAAACACAAAAAUAAAACUAAGUAUCAAGAGGAUCACAUUUUUUUAUUUUUGUACGGGCAGAAAGCUGCACCGCUAGCUAGUCUUUUCUGGAUGUGGCUUCGACCACAGACAGGUUUACUGGUUUAAUGGGUCCUGGUGAUCAUGUUUUGUUGAGAGUGUCAUACUGGUAUACUCCAGUUUGGCAGCUGGGCUAAAGCCGCUAGAUCUGUAACAUUUUUCCAAAUAAAAUUUUGCAAAUCUAAGAAA